AUGAAGGUCCUUGGUUUGCUGGCACUAGUGCUGGCUUUAUUUCAGCUUGGUGUAUCGGCCGCCGCGGCGCCCGAAGAGCCUCCAACUUGUGGUGCACUCUGUAUUGAGGAGGAAGCAAUCAAGUCGCCUUGCGGUCUGAACACUACUUGUAUCUGUACAAAUGUUGAGCUUAAUGAGAAGAUCUCGGUUUGCGUCGCGGCGAAUUGUACGGUGCGGGAGAGCUUGUUGGUUCAGAGUUACUCCAAGCAUACUUGCAAAGCGCCAUCUCGCGAUCGCACAACACUGGUAUGGGUCAUCGGUAUCGUCUUCCUAAUUCUCGGCCUCAUAGGCUUUGGUCUGCGUGUCAUGGCCAGAGUGUUUGUUGUGAAGCAAACAUGGGGAUCCGACGAUUGGGUCAUGCUUUUUGCGGUGGCUCUCAUGAUACCUCUCAAUGCUUUGUCUGUGCAGAUAUCGCGCGUGGGACUUGGUAAAGACAUAUGGAACGUUCAUCCCGAUGAUAUCACCGAUUUUCUUUACCUAUUCUACUGGGAUGAACUUCUGUAUCUCGGAGCGUUGCCCGUCACCAAGAUCUCCAUUCUUCUCUUCUAUCUCAAAGUCUUUCCCGGUAAAAGAAUUCGAAUGGCAUGCUGGAUUUUUAUCGGUCUGAACGUUGCAUACUUCAUCACGUUUGAGCUCAUUUCCAUCUUCCAGUGCAGACCAAUUGAGGGCGCUUGGAGAGCAUGGGACAAGGAGUUCAAGGCUAAGUGCAACAACAUCAAUCUACAGGGUUGGUUUGCGGCGAUCUUGAACAUUAUUCUUGAUGUUGGAACGAUGGUCAUACCGCUGAAGGAGCUUUAUGGGCUGUCGAUGUCGCUGAAGAAGAAGAUACAGCUCAUGCUCAUGUUCAGCGUCGGCAUCUUCGUCACGAUUGUCAGUGCAGUCCGCCUUCAAUCUCUAGCAAGCUACGCAACAACCAGCAACGUAACCCAGGACUACGUUGAAAUCGGAUACUGGAGCACAAUCGAAGUGCCCGUGGGCAUAAUCUGCGCCUGCAUGCCCGCCAUCCGCGCGCUGUUCGGCAUCAUCUUCCCCAAGGUCUUCGCCUCGACGAACCGCAGCAAGAACAGCUACGCCAACAUCUCCAAGGAGUCGAAGCAACCAACCGGUGACAGGAAGGGCGGCAAUACGCCGCAGAUCACCAUUGAGACGGAGAUCUCGACCAGGUACUCGCGCCACCACGAUGAUUCUUCGGUAAUUGAACUUACGCAGAUGGGGAGGGAGCAGCAGGGCCACGAGGAGACUGCGUGGACGGAGAGGAGGCCGGCUGUUCCGUCUGAGCCUGUAUGA